CUCUUUAUGCUGGGUGACCCCUCGUGCUUUCCUCGCUGUCUGACCCAGCGCAUACCUUUACGUAUACAGAGCAUAUGAGCACUGCAUUGCAUGAGGAUUGGCUCUUCAGCUAAAACAACUACUGCCGGAUCCGUCGCCUCCCCCACACGUCAUUGCCACCCUUAAGACCUCCACUACCUACCACCGACAGGCGAAGUCGAGCUCGAAGAAAGAAAUAUCGAUGGCGUUGCAAUGAUCUCUUGGUUUUGACCUAUACUCUCGUUGACCCCCCCAAUCCCCACAGAUGGGUCUCAUAUCAUCUAUCUUCGGCGGGAAGACGGCCCAGGAGAUGCCGGCUGAGCCAAAACGAAAGAAUGCGAAGCCGCGGACUAAGUCGAAAAAACCGAACAAAUUAUCGAAGCCCAGGACGAAUACGUCAGCGAAUAAUCUGCUGGAUGUGCCUGGAGGCGGGGUUUCGAGGAAGAGCUCGCUAGCGGGUGUUCAUGCGAGGGGGAAGAGAAGAUCGAGCAGUGUUCCUGCGAGAUCUGAUGUAGACCUUCCAUUCACAGAAGAUGUGGGAGGAGAUUCUGGAUUGGAUCGUGGGAGGCAGCAAGAGAGGGAUAAGAGGGCGUCGAGGCUGAGCAGCUUGUUUCGAAGCAAAUCGAGCACGCCUGGGUCGAUAGUGCUCCAGGGUAGGCCAGAGGAUAAAUGGAUCUUAGACGACAAUGGUGGAGUUGAGGCGUUGGAUAAUUCGGAUCCGCUGCGUAGAUAUUCGCAGCUGGGGCUUGCAGGUUAUGCUCAGGAUCUGCCUACGGAUAGUCAAUGCUCAGUAACUGACAGCACACCGGAUUUGCACAGAUCCCCAAGCUAUAUAAGAUACCAACAAGCUCGACUCUCCCUUGUUGCCGAAACAUCAUCCGCUGUUCAAAUAAAUGAUACCCUGCGCCGCCAGCACCUUGCCGAAACAGAAGCUAUCCUGACGAGAAAUGCAAGUGUCGACUCGAGAGACUCAAAUGCAUCUAACCGCUACUCGAUGAGAUCGGGCACAUCUCCCGCUCGAUCCGCCCGCAUGAGCUCAACAGAACAAGUGCACAUUCAACCAGAAAACUAUACCUCCCACUCAGCUCGCCGCCGCUCCCACCUCACGCCCGGCGUUGCAACGAGAAUGGGCGAGGCCAGCAAAGGGUCACGUUCUUCGCGGCUGCAGAAGCAAAAUCCGAAGGCACGGAGACAACCAGCAGCUGAACCGGAAUACAGCCAGACAUUCACCCACCAUUUCGAAAGGUCAAAAACACUGCCUAGUGAGGAGGAAAUAUAUAGUUACUACGACCAGGCUAAGGCAAGCGAAAGCCCCGUAGAGGACCUGGAGAUGUUGGCACCGCUCCAGAAACGGCGGUUUAGAGAAGACAUCACAAGCACGCAGAGGAUGAGCACGCCAACGGAUUUGAGGCAUAUUGGUAGCUUUGAGCUGGGUAGCCUUAGGAUCAUGAAUGGUGUCGCGACACCAAAUGCGGCAAACACACCAAAGGCGCGAAGGGCACUACCUGCAGAUAGUGAAGCAGACGAUGUCUCUCUACGGACGACAGCAAUGAGCCUCGCUAGCUUGGCACGGCAUCCGUGGGAACAAGGGAAGACGCAUGAAGUCAAACAACCCAGGGAGCCAGAAAUCACAGUCAACCUUGCAGACCAACUCACCGUUGACCCGCUCUCCAGAAACCCAAGCACGGCAACAAAGCAAUCAGCCUACUCAGACGUCCUGGCAAUCAGCAGAGCGUCGUCGCAGCGUCUAGAAACGGCACCGCAGAUACCCGGCGGUGCUAGCGAGCUUGCUGAGUUCUACCGACUGGAUAUUGAUUUCCUUCCCAGCUUGUUCACUGCUGAUUUAUCAAUGCCGUCGACCCCUAGAUUGGAAACUUCAUCUAAACGCACAUCUGAGGAAUACGAACUAUUUGAGGACGCUAGGUCACAUCUUGAAGUAUUUGAGGACGCCAAGUCGGAGCUUGGAGUGCCCGAUCGGCGCAGCCCUAUUUCUGAACCCCCGAGAAGGCAAGACGACGAGCUGUACUUUCCUGCUGUCGAAACCAUGCCGCAACGCCGUCCUGCGCAAACAAUGUAUACCUCGACGCACGCACGUCUUGAACCGUUGGCUGUCCCCGAUAGUGGGUAUAACUCUUAUACUUCCCUGGCAUCGGUGCAGCCAUCCGGGUCACUGUCGAAACUGAGGAAUGCCUCGGAGUCUCCUACUGAACUUGAUGGUUAUCAGGUAGCUCGACCAGCUGAAUUUGAGGUGUCUUCUAAACCUAGAGUCCCCAAAACGGACUAUUGGAGGACGCAGCAUGCUCCGAGCGAGUUGGCUGGAGAAUCUCGUGCAGAACCAAUAGUGCCACCGCCGGUGGAAGCAGCUCCAUCUGAGCCCCAACGAAGUCAGAUGCCGCGGCCCCCGAUCCCAACGACGGUUGCCCACGUGGAUGCUUCAUUGGAGUCCCAACCAGAAGCUGAGCUUGCCAAAUCUACCAGCAAAUCCGCACCUACAUCUCCCAAGCACCGGUCUCCAGGCAAAGUUUUACAAAAGUCGUCUCGAGCUCGCCCAAAUUCGCUAGCAGCUCAAGGCCGUGCUAAUUCCGAAGACGCGAUUACCCCCGUCAAGAAGAAGUGGCAGAGACACAGCACCCAGUUGAGCUCCGAAGUUCCCAUCAUGGUGCAAAAGGUUGACGAGCUGGAGAAGACAAAAGUCCCGCCCGUGCCAAAACGACUUUCUCUCACGUUCAAAGAGCGCGCAAGCAGGUUCUCCUCCGGAUUGAAACAUACAACAACAAUGCCCGACACCGUCGAGCCCACGGAAGCGGAAUCAAAACCCGCCGCCCCUCCAACAAAAGAGGAAGUCCAGCGCUCAAUCCGCCGCCAGUCCUCUCCCGCUAUGCCAGGAAUCCGACUCGUAACAGCUGCCCCGUCCUACUACGCCCCCGCACCAACACCCACCCCCCCCACAAAAUCACCCAGACCCCUCUCGUCCCCCCCACCAAAAAGCACCAACAAAGCCCCCCGCGCCGACCUCGAGCGCCACAUGACAAACGCAAGCACCAUCACCAGCUCCCUCGGGAAGAGUCCCUACAACGCUGGCGCCUCUGCCAUCUCCCCAGCGCCAGCCGCACCAGCCAGGGCCCCACCUAGCGGCAACCAUCCCCGCCGCGACCGCACCGGCCGCCUCAUCGGCAUGGACGAAGAAUCCGCCUCCAACUUCGCGCGCGCCCGCAGCCAGGUACGCGCCGCCGAGCGGGCCCAAGAGGCUGAGAGGAGAGAGGUGCUGGUGACUCGCAUGGCGCCGCCUGUCCCGUCGCUGAUGGUGCUAGCGGCGAGGCAGAGUCCGUUGAUGAAAGGUAAGCGCGAGAAAAUCGGCCCUCCACCCUCGCUGAUGAACGGACGGAACCGUAAGCACGGCAUCCUCGGUUUCUGGAGCGAGUCCUCGUCUUCCAGCUCAUCGAAAGACGGGCAACAAAUCGACAUUCCCAAGCGUCCCAUGCCUAUGGGCCCCGUCGGAUCCUCUGGCGAGAUCCCCGCCGUCCUGUCGGCGAAGAGCGCGGGGUUCACGACGCCGGUGGGGAUAAGUUUGCCGUCUAUGGCGCCGCAGUGGAGGGGGCCGAGUCCGGCGGAGCUGGCGGAGAUGGCGUUGAAGGCGAGGAAGGAGGGGAGGUUGAGUGUCGAGGGGGGGAGGAGGAGUGUGAGUGCUAAUGGGGUUUAUUAG